UUCUGCACUUCGCAAACUCGCAUUUCUUUCUGUUCUUCGAAGAGAGAGAAAAUGCUGAGAAGAGCACUGAAACUUCGCCCUCUUCUUUCUCUUCACCCUUCAUCAUCUUUCUCUCACCUAUUCUCAUCUUCUUCUUCAUCACCACCUCCAGGAAUUUCAUCUGGGAAUUUCAUCCAACUUGUGGCGGGCAAGUCUGAUGAGAACCUUUCAAUUUCAAAUCCCACCAUUUCCAUUGAUCGUUCUGGCCUUUGCAACCCUCCCGAGCAUUGUCAUGGACCAACCUCGGAUUCUGAGCUUGUUAAGCAUCUAAAUAGCAUAAUCAAGUUUCGUGGAGGUCCUAUCUCAGUGGCUGAGUAUAUGGAGGAGGUUCUUACGAAUCCAAAGGCUGGAUACUACAUAAAUCGUGACGUCUUUGGAACUGAAGGUGAUUUUGUUACCUCUCCUGAAGUGAGCCAGAUGUUUGGGGAGAUGGUUGGUGUAUGGGCCAUGUGCCUUUGGGAGCAAAUGGGCCGACCUAUUAAGGUAAAUUUAGUGGAGCUUGGCCCAGGAAGGGGAACUCUUAUGGUUGAUCUUCUUCGUGGUGCAUCUAAGUUCAAGAAUUUCACUGAAUCACUACACAUACACUUAGUAGAUUGCAGUCCUACACUGAAGGAACUCCAGCACCGCAAUUUGAAGUGUGUGGAUGAAGAGUACAUUUCAUCAAGCGGAGAGAAAAAGACAAUUAGUCAACUAGCUGGAACCCCUGUAUCAUGGCAUGCUGCUUUUGAGCAGGUUCCAUCAGGAGUGCCAACAAUCAUCAUUGCCCACGAAUUUUAUGACGCUUUACCUGUUCAUCAAUUUCAGAGGGCUUCUCGUGGCUGGUGUGAGAAAAUGGUUGACGUAAAAAAAGAUUCAGCGUUUCGCUUUGUUCUCUCACCUGCGCCAACACCAGCAAAUGUUUUUCUGGCAAAGCGCUGCAAGUGGACUAUGAAAGAGGAAGUAGACAAGCUUAAUCAGAUUGAGAUUUGCCCACAGGCAAUGGAAUUGACUGAAUCAAUAUCAAAAAGAAUAAGCUCUGAUGGCGGUGGAGCACUUAUCAUAGACUAUGGUCGGAAUGGAGUGGUUUCUGAUAGUCUUCAGGCAAUUCGAAAACAUAAGUUUGUUCCUAUCCUUGAUGAACCUGGAACUGCAGAUCUCAGUGCUUAUGUUGACUUUGAAGCAAUCCGUCACUCUGCUGAGGAGGCCUCAGAAGAUGUUUCUGUUUACGGUCCCAUUACCCAGUCACAGUUUUUGGGUUCUCUUGGGAUAAAUUUCCGAGUUGAAACUUUAGUACAGAACUGUGAAACAGACGAGCAGGCAGAGUUGUUACAGGCAGGAUAUUGGCGAUUGGUGGGUGAAGGCGAAGCCCCUUUCUGGGAGGGUCCUGAAGAGAAGGUGCCUAUUGGUAUGGGUACGCGAUAUUUAGCUAUGGCUAUUGUCAACAAGAAUCAAGGCAUUCCAAUUCCGUUUAGUGAAGCAAAACCCGGACAAACAUAGUAUAGUGAGUUAAAGUGAUCGGUUUUCAUUUCAAACAAGCUGCAUUCUAUUUUUUUUUCUCCCUGAUGCAGGUUCAGAUAAUGGCGAGUCUGGUUCAACCAGCAAGUGUGGUACUUAUUUUUUUUUGAUGUAGCAUUAAUGGCACACUCUUUUUGGACAAAAAGUAGGAGUAAAACUGAGAAAAAAGAAAUUCAGUAAAAUUGUUGGUUAUGAGAAUAUCGCGAAUACAUUACUGUAUGCAACGACGGUAGAAGUAUUGAUAAGGUUCUGCCAAGGAUCUUCAAAUGAA